AUGGAUCAUCUGAAAUUAUGGGGUGAAGAGCUAAGAUUGUCAAGUGGUUCUAGUCGUUCUACUGAUAAGGAUGAUAUUGAUAUAAAUGAAAUAAAACAAGAAGAACCUGAUCUUGUAAAUGAAGGUGAAGAAGACAUUGAAGUGGAUGUAACAAAUGAAUUUUCCAUCGAUAUGGUAUUCAAUUCGCGUCAAUCGUUAAUUGAAUGGGUGCAGAAUACUGGACGUAAUUUGGGUUUUGUUAUUGAUACUAAAAGUUCAGAGAUUGGUGGAUUCGGGAGGAGAUACAAAUUAUUGUUAAAAUGUGAUCGUGGUGGCACCUACAAAAGUAAGAAAACCUCCACAAGGUUAACUGUCACAAAAAAACGAGAUUGUCCAUUCAGAGUGAAAGGGAUGAAAUUGAAAACAGAUGAUGAUUGGACGGUAAGAGUACUAUGUGGAAUGCAUAACCAUUCCGCGACAUUAUAUAUGGAGGGUCAUUCAUAUGUUGAUAAGCUUUUUGCUGCUGAAAAUGAAAUAUUCAUAGAUAUGUUAAAGAAUUUGGUGAAGCCACAAAACAUCUUAUAUACGUUAAAGAACAGGGAUCCGAACAACGUGUCCACCAAUAAAACUAUAUACAAUGCACGCCAGAAGUUUCGAACUACAGAGAAAACUGGUUCGUUAGCACUAUUGCGUGCAUUCCUGCAUCUGUUACUGAUGGAUGCUACAUAUAAAACUAACAGGUUCAGGAUGUCUCUAGUUGAAAUUGUGGGCGUGACUUCAACGAAGAUGACAUUUUGA